AUGGUGCAGAAGGAGGGGCAGGCGGCCCUGRAGGAGCCCCAGGGCAGCCCCAACCCGGCCGGCGUGUCCGGCGCUCCCUUAGAGCCGCCGGGCGCCGCGGCCGCGCCGCUGCCGGCGGGCGAGGAGACGGACACGGAGACGGAGACGGCGCUGGGCUCCCGCCGCUUCCUCUGCGGCGUCGUGGAAGGAUUUUAUGGAAGACCUUGGGUUAUGGAGCAGAGGAAAGAACUUUUUAGAAGACUUCAGAAAUGGGGGCUAAAUACAUACCUUUAUGCUCCAAAGGAUGACUACAAGCACAGGAUGUUCUGGCGAGAAAUGUAUUCUGUGGAAGAAGCAGAGCAGCUAAUGACUCUAAUAUCAGCUGCACGAGAACAUGAAAUAGAAUUCAUCUAUGCAAUCUCACCUGGACUUGACAUUACUUUCUCUAAUCCUAAGGAAGUAUCCACACUGAAACGCAAGCUGGACCAAGUUUCCCAGUUUGGAUGCAGAUCUUUUGCACUGCUAUUUGAUGAUAUUGAUCACAACAUGUGUGCAGCAGACAAAGAAGUUUUCAGUUCCUUUGCUCAUGCACAGGUCUCAAUCACAAAUGAGAUUUACCAGUACUUAGGAGAACCAGACACAUUUCUCUUCUGUCCUACAGAAUAUUGUGGAACUUUCUGCUAUCCAAAUGUUGCCCAGUCUCCUUAUUUACGGACUGUGGGAGAAAAGUUACUACCUGGAAUUGAUGUCUUAUGGACAGGUCCGAAAGUUGUAUCCAAAGAUAUUCCAGUAGAGUCCAUUGAAGAAGUUUCAAAGAUCAUCAGGAGAGCACCAGUAAUCUGGGAUAACAUUCAUGCUAAUGAUUAUGAUCAAAAGAGACUUUUUCUUGGGCCUUACAAAGGUCGGUCAACUGAGCUCAUCCCUCGACUCAAGGGAGUUCUGACGAACCCGAACUGUGAAUUUGAAGCCAAUUAUGUUGCUAUUCACACACUUGCAACCUGGUACAAAUCUAACAUGAACGGAGUGAGAAAAGAUGUAGUGAUGACUGAUACUGAAGACAGUACGGUUUCUAUCCAGAUUAAACUGGAAAAUGAGGGGAGUGAUGAAGACAUUGAAACAGAUGUUCUUUAUAGCCCACAAAUGGCUCUGAAGUUGGCCCUAACAGAAUGGCUGCAGGAGUUUGGGGUACCUCAGCAGUACAGCAGUAGGCAAGUGGCCCACAGUGGUGCUAAAACUACAGUAGGGGAUGUAGGGCCUCUGGUGGCACCAUCCUCUUUAAAUGCAGCAACUGUGGUUACCACGGUUUACCAAGAACCCAUCAUGAGUCAGGGGGCAGCACUGAGCAGCGAGUCCCCCGCCUUGGUAAAGGAGGAAGAGAAGAAGCAGUCUGAUGAGGAGCCAAUGGACAUGGUGGUGGAAAAACAAGAUGACACAGACAAGAAUACUAAUCAGAUACUGACAGAUAUCGCUGAAGCCAAGAUGGCAGAGGAGUUAAAACCGAUGGAUACUGAUAAAGAGAGCAUAGCUGAAUCUAAGUCCCCAGAGAUGUCUAUGCAGGAAGACUCUGGUAGUGACAUUGCCCCUAUGCAAACUGAUGAGCAAGUAAAUAAAGACCAGUUUGUGCCUGGGCCAAAUGAAAAGCCUCUCUACACAGUAGAACCAGUGACUUUAGAGGAUUUACAGCUUCUUGCUGACUUGUUUUACCUUCCCUAUGAACACGGGCCCAAAGGUGCACAGAUGCUGAGAGAAUUCCAGUGGCUCAGAGCAAAUAGCAGUGUUGUCAGUGUUAAUUGCAAAGGAAAGGAUGCUGAAAAAAUAGAAGAAUGGCGUAACCGAGCAGCCAAAUUCGAAGAGAUGUGCAGCUUGGUGAUGGGAAUGUUCACUCGUCUCUCCAAUUGUGCCAACAGGACAAUCCUUUAUGAUAUGUACUCCUACGUCUGGGAUAUCAAGAGUAUUAUGUCAAUGGUGAAAUCUUUUGUGCAAUGGUUAGGGUGUCGUAGUCAAUCUUCAGCACAGUUCUUAAGUGGAGACCAAGAACCCUGGGCCUUUAGAGGUGGUCUAGCAGGAGAGUUCCAGCGCUUGCUGCCUAUUGAUGGGGCAAAUGACCUCUUUUUUCAACCACCUCCACUAACACCCACUUCCAAAGUGUACACAAUACGACCCUACUUUCCUAAAGAUGAGGCAUCUGUGUAUAAGAUCUGCAGAGAAAUGUAUGCUGAUGGAGCUGAUCAACCCUUCCAUAGCUUACCAGACUUAAUUGGAGACAAGUUAGUGGGAGGUCUGCUCACCCUCAGCCUGGAUUACUGCUUUGUCUUAGAAGAUGAGGAUGGCAUAUGUGGCUACGCCCUGGGAACAGUUGAUGUGACUCCUUUCAUUAAAAAAUGCAAAAUGUCUUGGAUCCCUUUCAUGCAAGAAAAGUACACUAAACCCAACAGUGACAAGGAGUUGUCUGAAGCAGAGAAAAUAAUGCUAAGCUUCCAYGAAGAGCAGGAAGUAUUGCCUGAGUCAUUCCUUGCCAACUUCCCAUCACUGAUAAAGAUUGAUAUCCAUAAAAAAGUGACAGAUCCAAGUGUGGCAAAAAGUAUGAUGGCCUGCCUGCUCUCCUCUCUAAAGGCUAAUGGCUCCCGUGGGGCUUUUUGUGAAGUGAGACCAGACGAUAAAAGAAUUCUGGAAUUUUACAGCAAGCUGGGUUGCUUUGAAAUAGCUAAAAUGGAAGGAUUUCCAAAGGAUGUUGUUAUCCUUGGGAGAAGYCUCUGAAGUACUUGACAGCAAACUGUUCCAGAACUGUAGUCCCUUAACAGCUGGGCAYGCAGUGGUGGGGAUCUUCCUAUGGUCUAGCUGCACAAAGUUGGCAAUAAACCAGCUUGGURGAAGGGGCUAUGUGAAAAUCACCCAUCACACAUUCGGACUGUAAUUUGGUGGAAGAAGAUGCUGCUGCUGAAAACACUGUUUUGACAAAGAGAAACCUUGUCCUCUCCUGGUCUUGUGUGAAGUGCCAAGCAUGGGCUAUAACUUCCCGGAGGAAUCCCUCUCGCUCAGCGAUGGGGUUGAUAGCAGUUUUGUGCAUUCAGGUGUCGACAGAACAGUGGUUUCUAAUGGAAAUAGCUGUAAAAAUGGAGGGUUUUUUCUUUGUCGUGCAAGGGAAUGUGCAACUAGGCGUUGCAGAAAGGGGAGGGAUUACUUGUGUCAAUCAGCAAAUUUAAAGAUAAGUUGCUACAGUUCUGUUUUUGACUAUCUUUAUGCUUGUUGAUAAAGCAAUGACCUGUUGUCACUUCUAAUGACCAUUGGUUCAAGCUUAGUGCUUUGUUAGGGACGAAUGUGCAGUGGUCUGUGGCAGAAGUCACUUAAUGGAAAACUUGUAAAUUUUAGUGUAUAUAAACUUAACUGUAUGCUGACUAACUYUUUGUUUACCAGGUUUUGUAACUUUUUCUUUUGAAGCGUGAAAUGGUUUAGGUCCAAGAUGGCACUUUGGAAUAAUGUAAAACCACAGUGGAGAGCGAAUCUGUCCUCAGCACUGACCUUUUUUACUGUGCCUCAUAUCCAGGGCUAGGAACCGACCAUCUCGAGUACAGGGUGCCGAUCCCAAGGGAUCCUCCCUUCAGGUGGCAGUUUGUUCUUUUGCAAGGUUGUCACUGCUUGAGGCUAUCAUCAUUCUCCUGGGACUGAACAGCAAUUCAUGGGGUGGGCUGCUAAGCCUCUUAUUUUUUGUGGCAUUUGCACAGAAUUGUGGUUGGGAGAAGGUGACUGGCAGAGAGCUGGCCCCCAGCUGGGAUUUCUCCUUGGARCAUUCUCUGUUUUAAAGCCUGUUUGUACUAGUUGGAUUAAAUCAGGGUCUUCAAAUCCUGCACAUUUGUAUCAAAUAACUUUUCUAGAAGAAAUGCCACGAUAAACACAUUUCUACACAUUAUUUAAAUGGUUAACUGCUUUUAAAUGUUCCAAGAGUUUAAUGUUUUUACCUGGUGUGUUUGGCUAUGUAACGGAGUCAGCAGGGAGGCAGUUGCAUCACUUGUGAAAUUGGUAUUUCACAGAAGCCCCAGUGUCCCAGAAAUGUAAUUGGCCAAUGAUACACACCUUGCAGUACCUUGCUCCUUUCACCUGUUACCAUAACUGUGGUUUUUUGUUCUUUUUUUUUUUUUUUAUGGUGCACAAAGGAAGUUCAGUUCUUGAUCUAAGCUUCCAGCUGCACAGGCUUUGAAGAAGUUGUACAGCCUGUAAUGAAUGGCAUUAAGACUGCAGUAAUGUUGUCUGCAACCUGUAAGGACAUGCUGCAUUUGGCCUUCUGGUGCAGUCACAUGCAAGGUAUUUUUCUUUUUCCUUUGCAGAAUGUGAACAAUUGUUUUUUUUAAUGCGGUAGCGAAAUAUUUAAGUUGAAACAAGUUCAUUUCAUUUUUAGAGAGGUACGAGGUUGUGCUAUUGAAUUUCAUGUAAGUCAGAGCUGAAUGCCACUGGUUUUUAUACAGCUUUGAGUGCAUGUUGAGUAGCUGAUACCUUGAUUUAUCAGAUGGGAGAGUUUUGUUUCUUCAUGGAUACCAGAGUCAACUUAUUUUAUCUGGAUUCAUUACAGCAUAGGAUGCCUGUGGCCUUAUUUCUUGGCUUUUAAGGAGUUGCCACAUUUUCUCUUCCUAUGACUUUGUUAUUAUAGAAAUUAAUUGUAUAAACUUACGGAAUGUCAGGCCAAUACCAUAAUUCUAGGA